AUGGCGCCAGUCGACACGGCCGUCUCCUCGCGCAGCAAUUCGCUCCCCAUUGCUCUCUUCGGCGGACAGGUCUUUCUUGUUGCAGUCCUCACGGCGCGUGUGCUCUUUACAACCUGGCGCGCAGCCAAAUCCCAGCCGCCUUCGACACGCACGCGCUCCCAAGACCCCGCGCGUAGUCGCCAUGCCAUCACCUUCUCUAUCAUCGCCCUUCUCUCGCUACUCUCUGUGGGAAGCUUUGCUUUCCUCUGGCGCGCCAUUUCCUACGUGCGAUGGGCUGAAGACAACAAGUACGACAUUCCAGGUACCCUAUGGGGUGGCUCAUAUGGCACUGGCGAGGGACACUGGUACCUGGGCGACUGGCUCGCCGAUAUAGAUCUUGUGCGCGAGUUCGAUGCCGUCGGCAUUAUGAAGCCUGAGGGUUUUCUCUACACCAGCCAAUACUUUGUUGGCUUGAUCGCGAGCGCAAUCUUCAUGGGCGCCGAAGGACGCAGACGCAAUCUCUCCAACAGGACCAUCGCAUCUUUUGUGCUUCUGAGCUCAAUUGGAAGCCUAGGAUACGCUUUGAGCCUGUUCUUCAUCACUAUCUUGUAUACGCCUUUGACCAUACAUCACAAUGACUCGACUCUACAUGAUGCGCUGUUCACUCCUCACGCUUGGGUCUACGACACGGGCAUUGUGGCAUCACUCCUCACGCUUAACUUGUUCCCGCAAUUAGUGUCUGAGUUUGGCGAUAAGAGCAUGUUGCGUCUAGGGUAUCUUGCCAUGCCUAUCGCUUUUGCCUUUGCGCCCCAGUUGGUCCCCUAUGCACUUGGCCGCCAGCACACGUCCAAGGCGAGCGCUCAUCGCUCCUACGCCAAAGUCUUCCAUGCUCUGUCACUCGCCUCUAUUCUAGUCUACUGGCGCGUCAUGAUCACCCUGAUCUAUAGACCUAGAUGUUCAUGCCAUUUUGGAAAGUAG